AUGGACUAUGCUUAUUCAAAGAAAAAUACGAAUUGUUACAAUAUUAAGAUUUUAAUUUAUAAGAUGUUACUUUAACUAGCCUAGUUGAUUGAUGACAAUAGAAAAGCUAAUGACAAUCUAGGUUCUAAACAUGCUAGAUUUCUCUAAGAAAAAGACGUUGACUAGAAUUCUGAAAAUACAUAAACGAUUACGUCAGAAUAGAAUUAAGAUGACAAUGACAGUCUUCCCGUCAUUAUACUUAUUGUUUGUCUCUUCGUACUAAUAUGUGUUUGUGGAACAAUUGUCGAAGUUAGUAGAAGGAAAAAAGUUAAAAAAGAAAUCGAAUAGAAAUUAUUGCAAGAAAAGCGCUUAUCUCUUCAAGCCAAUAUAGGAAUGCUCAAUAGUAUCUAAGAUUAGACUUAAUUUACCUUAUGGAAGCUAACCAGCUUCAAUUAUAAGAAUUUCUCUACUCAAAAGCUACUGAGAUUCUAAUCAUUCUUUACUUCUCAUAAUAAAUUAGAGCUUUAAAUAAGAAUGGAGUAGGAUCAUGAUCCUUGGUCGGCAGAGGGACACAUAUCUACAAACUUAGAACAAGAAAUAACCAUUCAUUUGAGAACAAGUCUUGAUUGUGAAUUAUUAGAAAAGACAGAAAAAGGUGACCAUUUAUAUUUGCUACAAUAAUUUAAAGGAGUAUAUAACAAAGAGGAAAACAAAUUUAUUGGCUCCUGGAGUGUCUAUGGGAGCUAAGAACUCAAUAAUUUGAAUUUCUUCGGAGAAUUCGAAUUAACGAGAGUACUAAUAUGA